UGUAUGGUGAUCCCUGCGUGGUUCAAGUGGCUUCCAGGUUUGUGUUGAGCUUGGAUUGCGGCUGAUUGAUGCUAUACUCGUGAAUCAGAGCCAUGCUGCAAAGGAGGUCCGCUUUCUUGAUGCCUCCCUGCGUCCCGAUUCCAUCAUCGCUGACUGAUGAAUGCCCAGGACAAGGACUUGCUCCUCAGCUGAUACCAUUAGCUACUGCUGUGAGAGCCCAGAUCCUUCGCUCCUCCUUCCUCGUCGCCGCUAGCAGGAAAUGCAGAGCCCGGAUGGCGACCUAUGACCAGUCGCAUUCCUGCUAGCUCAAAGCAGACUUCAUCGAGCUAGAGCUUAACCGACUAACGCGAUAACCGGGGGUACUGUACACCGAACCUCACCAAGACAGC